AUCAAUACCCAAUUAGUCUUUCUAUAAAUUAAGUCCAAGUUGUAGUUGCCUUUGAUCCAACGAUGAAAAUGGAGGCAAAGAUUAUAUCCAAAGAAACCAUAAAACCAUCCUCUCCAACACCUCAACAACUUAGAAACUACAAGCUCUCACUUCUUGAUCACCUUAUCCCAUCUCCAUAUGCACCAAUUGUGCUCUUCUAUCACUCGAAUAGCGACUCUGUAAUUAGUCUAGACUUGCUAAAGCAAUCUUUGUCGAAAACACUAACUCACUUUUACCCACUCGCCGGGACGAUCAACGAUGACCUCUCUAUCGAUUGCAGCGACGAAGGAGCUUAUUAUGUUGAAACAAAAGUGAAUUGUACUCUUGAUCACUUCCUUACCAAUCCAGAUCUCUUGUUAAUACAUAGAUUCCUUCCCUGUGAUCUGAUAUUGAAGGAAUCUGCAGGGACUUUUGUGAGUAAUUUUCAAGUGAAUGUUUUUGAAUGCGGUGGCAUUGCGAUUGGCAUAUGUAUAUCACACAAGGUGCUCGACGGUGCUGCGCUAAGCACCUUCAUCAAGGCAUGGUCUGGCGCUGCUCGUGGAUGCGAUGAAGCACUAUUGCCUAACUUUGUUGCCAGUUCUGUGUUUCCUGCAAGCGAUUUAUGGCUCCGAGACUCGUCGAUAGUCAUGUGGGGUUCAUUGUUCCGACUAGGCAAGUGUAGGACUCGAAGGUUUGUGUUUGAUUCCUCGGCAAUAACCUCUCUUAAGGCCAAAGUUGAUCUGAAAUUCUGUUGUACUCGUAUCGAGGCAGUUUCGGGUUUCUUGUGGAAGUGUUUGAUGAAUGCCUCUGAGAAAAAACAUGGUUCUCCAAGGCCUUCUCUGUUGACUCACUUAGUGAAUUUGCGCAGAAGAAUACCACAUCCCACAUUGGAGAAUUCGAUGGGGAAUCUCCUCUGGAUAGCAGCCACUCGAUGCAUGGACGAGCACAAGCCGCCUGGACUGAAUCAUUUUGUUGGUGAAGUAAAGGCGGCGAUAUCGAAAAUCGACGGUGAGUUUGUUAAGAAGCUAAGAAGUGAUGAGGGGAAUUCUGUGAUAUCGGAUUCCUUUAAAGAAAUAGGUGAAUUGGGAAGACAAGGAGUAGACAUUUUUGGGUUUUCAAGUUGGUGUAAGCUUGGGUUCUAUGAUGCUGAUUUUGGGUGGGGAAAACCUGUUUGGGUCAGCAGUUUUGGCAUGGAUGGUUCAGUGUUCAUGAACUUAAUCAUGUUGAAUGAUACAAGGUCUGGUGAUGGAAUUGAAGCUUGGGUGACAUUGGAUGAAGAGGAGAUGGAGAUUUUGGAACACAAUCCAGAGCUCAUGGAGUUUGCAUCCUUGGACACAAGUCCUCUACAUAUUCGUUAGUCAAAGCCAAGUUAAUGAGGUGUGAGCUUUAACUGCUCAACUUUUCACUUAGAAGCCAAAAAGAACUUGUAAUAAUCUUACAACUUUAGGGUCAUAGCUAGUUCAUCUAGCAUUGUAAUGCUAAUUACGUGCCCAAUCCUUAUCUUCAGAACAAGUAUAACUACGUAAAUUUGAUGUUAUUGAAAGCUAGUGGUUUCUCUUGAUCUUUUACUUUA